UCAACUUGAAGGUUCUUGUUUGUGUUGUCGGCGCAUAUGUUUUUGUUAUUAGAUUUAUAGACCUUUUCAAAGUUUUUAGUUGAUAAAUUUUGUAAUUUAUCACGGAUUCGCAGAUGUUUUCUGUAUUAUUAUAUGUGACUUAACAUUUGAGAAUGCAAUCAACUUAUUAUACUUGUUCGUGUUGUCAAUGCAUACAUUUUUGUCUUGUUUUUAGAUUUGUUAAGCUUCUUCUAUGAGAUUGGUACUCAACUUAUUUUAACAUAACUAUACUAUUAAGAUGCAAUAUAUUAUUUUUGUAAGUACCUUUUAUAGUUUUAGUAAAUUUAAAUAUGGUUAUUUAGAUUUGAAAUAUGUAUAUUAAGUAUAAAUUUAAAUUUAUGAUUAUUGUAAACAAAGAUAUGUUUAGCUUAUCUUACUAUACUUGGCCAUUUUCUUUGAUUUUAAAGUAGGUCCAAAUAAGCGAAUUUAUCAUUACAUAAUGGACUUAAUAAUAUAAUAUUAACCUAAGCCCAUUAUUUUUUUUUCCGAAAAAACAGGAAAAAAAAGCAGAAACGAAAGCAAUCGACUUUUCUUGUUCGCUUGAAUAUUCCUUACGUGCAUUCAAUAUGCUAUCUUUGUCUUAUCUUUAUCAUUUUUAAUAUAUAAUUAUAUUUAUAAAUAUUAAAAAUUUUAAAAUAGUUUUUGAAAUAGUUUCAAAAAUCAUUUUGAUUUUUUUCAAAAAAAAAAUUGAAAAGAAAAAUCGAACCUUAUUAAAAUUUAUAAAAGUUUGAAUUUAAAAACAUGUAAUUUGAAAUUAAACUAUGAAUGUGAAGAAAAAAGUCGUAAGGCCACGGGAAAAAAAUUCAUAACUUUGGUGGUUUCCCAUAUAUUUUUGCUUUGAACUAUGAGUGUGAAGAAAAAAAUCGUAAUAGGAUUUCACUAAACUAUGAAUGUGAAGAAAAGAAGUCGUAAGGCCACGAGAGUUGAUAUAGAAAAUAAUUUAAAUCAUAUUAAAUAUUUAGAUAUUGCUAAAUUUUAGCAAAGAUAUAGGUGGGAAUAUCCUUUUCUGGUACUUAAAAUCAAUUGCCAUAUUGUCCAUAUUUAGGAAUUAAUCACGCAUAGGAUCUAUAUAUUUAGAAAACAAUAUUGGCAAGUUAGUUGGUUUAGAUGAGAAUAUUCUAGUUUAGAUACUUAAAUUCGUUUGCAAAAUUAUAGACCAAUUAUAUGGCAAGAUAAUAAAGUAUUUUGAAUCGUUUUGGAUUUAUAUGGCAAUGUAGUUUUAUAUCUAUAUAUAUAAAUACAUUUGAAAUAACUUGGAACCUUAAGGUUUUGGGUAAACGUAUAAUGGUUUUGAUCCCAAUUCGUGAUUGAUUUGUUAAAUUAGGUUGAGAUCAAGUAGAAUGAAAAGUUCAUCCCAAAUGAACUUGAUGGAAGCAUCCGAUUUUGAGCCAUUUUCCAACGUUGCUUUGAUAAUUUUGUUGUUUAGGUUGAACAUACAUAUAUCUAAUGGAAUAAUGGAUCAGAGUCAACGAAGGAAUCGUAGAUUGGAUAGUUGGUGACUUUCCAAAUUUGGUAAAAUGUUAUGAUUGGUUAGUGGUAUUAAUGAUGAUCAAUAAAUACAAAUAGUUUUAGGUUAAGGAAAGUGUAAAACUACUGUGUUUAGAUCAGUGGCAUGUAAUUGUAAUUAUUGUGCAAAACUCAGGGUUAAGUACUAAAUGUACUUCUGUUUUAAUAGUUUAGAUGCCCCCAAUAAAAAAAUUUCUUGCCUCCGCCAUUGUCUCAGUACGUAACAUACAUAUCUUGAUACCUAAUAUAUCUCGAAAUGUUCAAUUGUUAUCUCACAUUUUUGUCUAUAACUGUGUUUGGUUUAUAAUAAAAGAUAAUCAAUCAAGUUUUUUCUAUAAAUAGUAGUAUACUAGGUAUUUCACCCGCACAUGCAUGCAUAAUUAUAUUACAAAUAUUUAUUAGUAAAUGCAUUAUAAAUUUGAAGAUUAGUAUGAUAGGUUAUUUUAAUGAUCUUAUUUAUUUUCAUGAUAAUUUAAACAAACUUUGGAAACACAAAAUCAAAAUAAGAACAAAAGAAAUAAAAGAUAAAUUCAAAAUUAAAUUUUAUGAUAACUUAAAGAAAAACUUAAAAAAAAAGCUAAUUGAGAUAAUGAUAUUAUUUUCUUGAUUUAUUCUAUAAAUAGAUAUACACAUACUUAUCUUACUAUCUUCUAAAUUUGAAUCUCUUAUGAAGGAAAAAUAGGUGAUGGCAAUUUUUUUUUGUUGAGAAAAGGCAAUUUUAUUAUUGUAAUUCAUGGGAUUGCCACAUAAACCACAUUUAUAGUACUAUUUUUCAUGUUUACACUAACCACUUUUACCCUCACUUUUAAUGAAGGGUGAAAAACAUUUAUAUCCCUAAGAUUAACUAAUCUAGAUUUAGGGUUUAUAGUUGAGAGGGUUUAUAGUUGAGGGGUGGAGUAGAGUUUUUGGAAUGUAAAAUUUAGGAUUGUAAUAAAUAUAUAAAUAAAAAAAAAUUAAAAAAAAAAAUAUAUAUAUAUAUAUAUAUAUUUUUAAAAUAGUUUCAAACAUAAUUUUUGAUUUUUAAACAAAAAUUUUUGGAAAAAAUAUUGUAAAUAAAAAAUUAUAAAAAGUUUGAAUUUGAAAAAUUAGAAUUCGAUAACAUAAUUUUUUAUUAUUAUUAUUAUUAUUAUUAUUAUUAUUUAUAUAUAUAGAGAACAAAGAUAUAAGAAUCUUUUGCCACUUAAUUAAUAAUGUAUUUUGAAAAUGUCUUUUUAGUGGUUAUUUAUAUAGUGACAAAAUAUUCUUAAGAGUAUUGAUGAUUUUAACCAAUUAACUUUUAACACAAGAUUUCGGAGCAGAAAAACAUUUCAUAAAUAAAAUAUUUUAUGAUAACUUAGAUACAAAUUAAAAAAGAAAAUGUGAAUUUAGAUGAUGAUAAUAUUUUCUUCGUUUAUUCAAUAUAUAUAUAUAUAUAUAUAUAUAUAUAUAUAUAUAUAUAUAUAUAUAUACACACUUAUCUUAUUAUUUAAUAAACUUUAAAAUUUUGGAAAGAAAAUAGGUAAUAGUUAUGAUUUUAUUAUCACAAUAGAUUUGUGGUUAAUUUUAUUAUUUUAAACCUAAUUAUUUAUUUUGAUGUUUAAAAGGGUUAAAAAUAUAUAUGUUAAAUUAUUAACAUGAAUUUAUUUUUUAUAAUAUACUAUGUAAUUCAUCAUAGAUGAUGAUUCAUUAAUCUUGUAACGUGAGUAUUUAUUUAAGGUCGAUUAAAGUUUAUAAGAAUCUUAGCCUUUCACAAUCUCUAAAACCAAAAAUUAUUUUAUUUAAAACAUGUUCUAACUUUUUGAUAAUGAGAAAAUAUUUUUUCCCUUUUCGUAAAAUCCAUAUUCCCCUUUUAUUAUACUUAUUUAAUAUUUAAUUUAUGAUCAAUUGUAGAAAAAUAAACAUAUUAAUUAAUUAAUGAUAUUACCGAUAUUAAUCAUUUUAAUUUUUAAUAUUAGAGUUUGAACGCGAAAAAUCAUUUCGCAAAUAAUAGUAUAGAUUAUAAUUUCUGGACUUUUCUAAUAAUAAUUUAGGAGUGUGAAUACUUUAAAUAAAGUAAGACAUAGGGUUAUGAUCACGAACGAUCGUCUGAAGAAUAAUGGACUGACAAGUGUCACGAGUAAUUGACAGUCUCGGCACGGCGAAAGAGACAGCCAGAUAGGUACUUUGACAUUGGAACACAUUUUUAUGGACCCGCCGGAUCUCUUAAAUGCAUCUAAGCCGUCCAUCUCAUAACUAAACCAAACUAACAAAUAACAAUAUAACAAAAAGUUUUGUCAGAAUUAAUAAUGUUUACAUCUACUUAACCGUCUUCAAUAGUAGACUGAAUUAUAGAAUGAACAAUUGGAGCAAAUCUAAUUCUAUAAUAAAGUUACUCUUUUUUAGAGUGAAACAUAGAAUAAAGUUUUGUGUAACCAUUGAAAAUGCUCUUAACCAGCACUUUUUCAUUCACAUAUACUAACAAAAUCUCUAUUUAUCUUAAGUGUUAAUAAAUUCGAAACAUCGAUUCUGAGUGUUACUUGAAUUAGAAUAUAAACAUUUUUGUUAGUGUAUUUACUAUUGUGUCGCUAGUUAAAAACAAAUAUCAUAAAGUCUAUUAUUGAUUUUGUAUUAAUGUUAUCACUGUCUAUAUGAAUUUUAGACGAAAAAAGCAAAGAAAAAUAGUAAAUUGUGGGCUCAUCCCACAUUGAUUUCACCUCAUUCUAAGUCUUUUAUUGUUGUUUUCUUUUUUUUUUCUCGCCUCUUUAAAAAUGUAAAAAAUUUAAGAAAAUAAGAGAAUGAUCUCGGAACCUUCAUGGAAAAUCAAACACCAGCUUUGCAUUAGUUACACAAAGACAAAGCAGCUAUAAAUAGUUAGAUACAAUCACGAGAAGGCAAAACAAAAAUAACCAAAACAGAAAAUAACACAAAGCUCACAAGAUUUAAUCAAUGGCAAACAUCUUCCUCAUCGCUAGUGGAUCGAGAAGAACAAGAAGAGCAAUGAAAUCAAAGAACCCUCAAGAAAAGAGAUCAAAUUCCAUUUCAGACAAUAACUUCUCAUGCAAGAAGCACACGAAACAUAGACAGUCUCCUGGAAUCUGUUCCUUAUGUCUAACUGAAAGGCUCUCUAAGAUAUCUCUAGAGUACUACGGGUACACUAAAAACGUAGCUAAGAAGGAAGCAUCUUGCUGCUCAUCAUCUUCUUCUUCUUCCACGUCGGUGUCAUCUUGUUACUCAUCUUCUUCAGUCUCUUCUUGUUCCUCUCCAUUGCAAUAUCGGUACAGAGAGAAGAAGAAGGAUGGGAAGAAACAUAGCUUUGUCUUCAGAUUAUUGCUCGGAUCUAUCGUAGAUUAGUUCUUUGAUUUAUUUAAGCUUUUUAUACAUACUAGUAAUAUAAUUAUUUUUAUGCAUUCAUUCUUGUCUAGUCAAGAAAUGCAGAGAAUCAGCAAAAUUGCACAAGAUUUUUAUACCUACAAAAUUCUCUCCUUUUUUAAAAUAUUGUUGUAAGCUAAUAACGGAAGUGAAAUUCAUUUUUUUUUCUUUUUAAAUGAUACAUCACAAUUCACAAGUCUCUGGUUGUAACCUAUGUCGGUGGUAAUACUGUAUAUGUUUUGUUUAGUCACGACAUUUUUACUUGUUAAAAUUAAAAUUUCACUAGAUUAUAUUAUCCCAAAUUUUUUAUUUUCGUAUGAUUUUUUUUUUCAUUAUUAUCAAAGUGUACAAACUCGAAUCCAAAGCCGGCAGUUUUACGGACAUACAAACACCAAAAAGGAAACACAGCUCUAAAUUAUUAAUCAAAAAAAGAUUUAUUGACUUUGCCACCAAUUUUAAUAGAUUACUUUUAAUAGUGAGUUUAGAAUUUAUAUAUCUCACGUAGAAUGAAUAAAGAUCAACAUAAACUAAUUCUCGAGAUAUAUGUUCAAAAAAAUUUCUCGAGAUAUAUAGAAAGUUGGUUAUUUUUCAAACGUUUACUACUAAACAAAAAAAGAAACCAUAACAAUUUUCGUAGACAGUGUGAUUCAAUUGUGUUUUUGACAUUCGUGACGAAUCUAGGUCUUUGUCCUGUCUACGAAAUUUGAGCCAUUAUAAACAGUUGAGUGAGCCAGGCCUUAUUGGUCAAUAACGCAUCAAUUUAUCUAGAUAUUUGGGUGCCAUCUUAUGAUAAAAUACGUAGGUAACUAGGUAAAUCUCAGGACAACAGUUGAAAAAGACGAAUAAUUCUUUUGACGUUCCAUUUUUGUAGUGCACAUAUAUGUGAUCUGUAUUAAGAACGUCAACAAAAAAAAGAAUACACAAAGAGAUCCAUGACAUGAUAAGCUGGCGCAUGACUUUUACUCUAGUUGCCAGAAAUAAUGUACGGUAUGAGGACAAAGACGUGUUGUACUUUCAUACCAUAUGAUUCACUUCAUAUUACAUACAGCUGUUCAAAAUUUUAAUUAAGCCGUACCAGUAAUGUUUGUUGCAUGCAAUCAUAAAUAUUUACAGAUAGAUGUGUAUGUGUUCCGCGUCUUGGAACUUAGAAUAUACUAUAUAGACCACCGGUCCCGUGAAACUUCUUUGAACAUUAGUAUAUAUUUUUUAAUUCACCAGCAAUCAUUAAUUCGUUUUAUAGUUAAGCUCAAAUGAAGAACUAUAACCCCCAUAAGACUAUAGUGUCAAUGAUUGACAUUAACAAUCAAGUACGUACAAAUUCAAACAAAAAUAAAUUUGAGCCAACCAAAUACGAUUUUACGGAUAUGCAUAUAUAAUAAGCUAUUUUGAUUUUCUUCAAACAAAUGGAACUCAAAACCGACCUAUACUAGUCUAUUACUAAGACCAGCCUCGUCUAGUCUUGUUUCAGCGUGAUGCGUGAGAUACAUUACUGAUAUGUUUUGAGUUGUUGUUUAAUUCACUUCCUUCAAGAUAUAUCUAUCUUCGACUGAAUGGAGAAAAGAAAAUAUCAUUAACCAUGUGCCGACACAGAUUUCAUGUAAUCCUUUGGUUUUGGUAAGACUAAAGGGUUCUUGGCCUGAGGGCACGUCUGCAUGGAUGUCACAAAUCAUCAUAACAAAAGACUAAAGGCUUGGCCGUGGCUGAAAACUACUCCAAAACUUAGGCGGCGACUCUCAUGCCAAGUAUCAGUCCAUUUACUGGAGGUCUGGAGCUUAAAUUGCAUUGUCGAGGACUAAAAAGAACAAAACAAAGGCUUGUCAAUUUCUAGAAAUGGAUCAUCUCAGAUUUUUUAACACUUUUCACCUUUUAACGAUACAUUGAGCCUUUUUAGGAGAAAUAAAGGAACCACCCUCUUUAAGACAAUGUAUCUCUUCUUCAACUAGUGUAACCUUAUGCCGUGAAACUAGCAAUUUUAUUGAAGACUCCUCUCGUUGUCCUUCGAGUUAUGAUAAAGCUAACCUUGAUUAAUUUGUACUCUCCUUGGUUUUGCGACUUUCAGUAAUCGUUCUCAGAUUCUUGAUGUCUCUUGCUAUUAUGUCUUCUAAGAUGUAGUUCUGCUAUAUAAACUUCCUCUCAUUCCAAAUUUUGUGAAAAUACAACAAAAUCCAUCUUAAUAAUUUUGAAAAUUCCAGAUUCAAAGGAAAAAUAUGUGCAUAUAUGCAUUUGUGCUUAAAGCCGCAUCAUAAAAAUGUAAUAGACUGGAAAAUUAUUCAUAAUUAACCUUGAAUUUAAACUAUAUAUAUAAUAGUGCACUAGUUUUUUUUUUGUUUUUUUGCUAAAAGAUCAAUCAAUAUAGUUAAAGCAGGAUCAUCCUUAUAUUUGGCCUCACAACUCUGUUGAAUAUUACUUUUGUGCCAUUGAAUCUACUUUAAAAGAAAAUUACUUAUACCAUAAAGUGUGUCUUUCUACGCUUACUAGAUAUUUUUUUUGUAACCACCGCUUUGAUCUCAAAAUAAACGGGACCCACUUUUCUGUAUCUAAAAAGUAAAAACUCUCAACAAAGAACACCGGUUAACAGUUACUAAAUAAAAAAUGUUGGUUAGUGCUACACCAACACGUACAAAGAGUUCACGGUUUGAUUCUUAUACGAAUUGAAAGUUCAUAUGGAAGCAGUUGUAAUCAUAUGUAUACGUUUUUGAUUUUCCACAAAAUUAAAACUUAAUAAUUGCUAUAGCUGGAAUAAAUUACGAGAUCAGUAUGACCUCAUAAAAUCUAAAUAUUCAGCCAGCUAUAUAAAUAUAUUUUUUUUUUGGUUUUUCGGUUCCAGAUUAAUGUGUCUAGACCAUAUACUAUUUUAUAUAAAAAUUCAUAAAUAAUUUAUGUAAGUCUAAAAGUAAACCCGCCUUUUGAUUAAAGAAAACAAUAUCUUAAUCUUUCUUCCUACUGAAACCACAGGAUUCUUCAACUCCAACAACUAUCUCUAUGGACCUUUUCAAUUUCUAUUGAUUUUCAAAUUCAUUUUGAUUAAUAUUUAUUGCCUAAUUGACCUUUAAUAAGAUAAGAUCAAUCUACAUUUUUUUUCAAACAAAAUAGUUUCUAUAAUUUGUUAUAUAUUUUUAUUAAAAACCAAAGUAAGUUUACAAAUAUAAUGUGAGCAAUUAUAUAAUUGCUAUAAUUAGAUAACUACUAAGAAAAUAUAAUAUGUUGCAAAUUUUAGAAAUAAAGUUUAUAACUAAUUUGUGAAAUGCCUAUGAUACAAGUGUAUAGUUAUGCAACUAGACAUAUUCAAUAUAGUUAGCAAAAAUUAUAUUAAAUUUAAUUAAUAUUAAAAAUAAAUAUAAAAGUUAAAUUUCUUGAAAUAAUAAAAAAAUAAAACAAAAAAUAUACCCGCCUUUGUCAAAAUCUAGUUUACAAUUAAAUU